AUGAGAACGCUCGUGUCUGUGCUUCGCCUCCCGAGAGGACCUGAUCCGAAUGGCCGCGGAUUCGACCCGAACUCACCCCGUUUCAUCGCGCUGUGUCCAACUACUAUUUCAGCUUCGACUUUAACAGGGACUGACUCUGUCGAAAUUGGGGAAGAGCAGCGUGCACGGUCGGCUUUGAGAGAAAGCUUUCUGAGAACGCUCAUAGCCAUGACCAAUAAGCAGGUGCAAUUCCACAUGUACGAGAGAGUCAAGGUUGAGGCGAAGUUUGGAGCGUCGGAUAUUGACGUGCUCAACUUCCAAGUUUCGGAACUACAGACCCCCAUUGGGGUACAGAAAGAAGCUCUGCUCAGGUGCCAGGAUGUAAUUUCAUACUCCUUUGAUCUCUGAACAGUGCUGUUCACCAAUUUGUGCUGUUCACUUAUUUGUGAUGUUUUUGAACAGGUAUCCAAGAAACUGAAUCUGAUUUGAACUGUUAUUUCUAAUAUGAUUUCGUUUCACAUACAGGGUGGUUUAGGGAGUCAAUGAUAACAGUUCCAUUGCUACACGGGGUGUUCUGUCUGGCUGAAUAUGUAGGAAGAUGUUUCCAUUUAUUAUUGUGUUACUUUGAGUAAGAGGUAGACUUGCCAUUUCCAAAUGUUAUUUUUAUGUGGCCAGCCAGGUAUUGAGAACACUGUGAUAUACAGUAUGUCUGAUUUGUUUCAUAGUUUCCAAUUCAAUGUACAGCCACUGGAGGGAGAUGUCAGCGCUGUCUUUACAACAGGCAUGUCAGGGGCCACCUAUACCACCAGGUUCUCUGACCCUUGGCAGUUCUCAGCUGUCCAUUUCAUUAGGAAGAGAUGA